CACGGGAGAACUGAACUGAACUUUCACCUUUGCCGACUUACUAAAACUGAAGUGAUAAACAUUGAAAAUAAUGCUUUCAAAGCCAAAAUUUAUUCAAAAAUGCUACAGACCUUUACGUCUGACUUAUAACAGUCAUACCAGAUGCCUGUCAAUCAAUCGGUGGCGGUCACAGAAAUCAGAUUUGACAGAGAAAGAAGUUGAAAAUGAAAUAACCUCACCAAGUGGGGAGGCCAAAACCGUGAAACUUCACAGUAAUAAAAUUGGUGUAACAAACAACCCCUUCACAAAAAACCUUUUCUUGGGAAGAUUUCAGAAGGACUGGUUAAAUUUUCCUCAAAUUGAUCAGAAUGAUUUUGCAGAAGUCAAUGGAAUUGUUAAUCAUUUAGAAAAAUAUUUUGAUGAACAAGUGGAUUCCAAAGCAAUUGAUGAAAAUGCCAAAAUACCAGACAAAGUUCUAGAAGUAUUAAAAGAGAUAGGAAUGUUUGGUCAACAGAUUCCUGUUGAAUAUGGUGGUCUAGGAUUAGAUGCUACUAAAUAUGCCAGACUAGCUGAAGUAACUGGUAGAGAUGGAGCUAUAUCUGUUACAUUAGCUGGUCAUCAAACUAUAGGAUUAAAGGCAAUCUUACAAGCUGGAAAUGAAGCCCAAAAACAGAAAUAUUUACCCAAAUUAGCUACUGGUGAAUUGGUAGCUGCUUUCUGUCUGACUGAGCCAUCCAGUGGAAGUGAUGCAGCUUCUAUUAGAACUAAAGCUACACUAUCUGAAGAUGGCCAACUUUAUUUUUUAAAUGGAAGUAAAAUUUGGAUCUCAAAUGGUGGAAUUGCUGAUCUUUUUACCGUGUUCGCCAAAACUGAAAUCAUUAAUGAUAAGGGAGAAAAAGAAGAUAAAAUUACAGCAUUUAUAGUAGAAAGAGAGUUUGGGGGAGUAACUAGUGGUAGACCUGAAGAUAAACUAGGCAUUAGAGGAUCUAAUACAUGUGAAGUACAUUUUGAAGAUACACCAAUUCCUGUAGAAAAUGUUAUUGGUGAAGUUGGUAAGGGUUUUAAGAUAGCUAUGAAUGUUUUAAAUAGUGGAAGAUUUAGUAUGGGAAGUUCCUCAGCUGGAGCAUUAAAGAAAUUACUAGGUAUGACAACUGAACAUGCUACAUCACGAAAACAAUUUCAUCAACCAAUAGCUCAUUUUGGUAUGAUUAAGGAGAAAUUUGGCAAAAUAGCCACACAGAUAUAUGUUAUGGAAAGUAUGGCGUAUUUAACAGCAGGAUUUAUAGAUCUAUAUGAAGAACCAGAUGUUUCAUUAGAAGCUGCUAUUGUUAAGGUUUUUAGUUCGGAAGCUACAUGGCAGUGUGUUAAUGAAUGUCUACAGAUAGUUGGUGGUAUGGGAUAUAUGAAAGAUUAUCCCUAUGAAAGAAUGUUAAGGGAUGCUAGAAUACUGUCAAUAUUUGAGGGUACUAAUGAGAUUUUAAGAUUAUUAAUAUCUUUAGAAAGUAUAAAAUUUGCUGGUAGAGAAAUGAAGGAAAUGAUUAUGAAAUUACGGAACCCACUACAAAACCCCAAGUUUGUUUUAACUACUGCUAUAAGUAAACUACAAGGUAGAGGUCUAUCUGAUAAAGCACAAUUAUUAUACUUAGGUAAUAAUGUACAUCAAUUAUUGUGGCCUUAUUCAGAGAAGCUAGAGAAGUCUGUAUACUUAUUAAAGAGUACAGUAGAAAUUGUUUUAGAGCGAUAUGGAAAUGAUAUUUUACAUGAACAAAUGAUAUUAAGAAGGCUAUCAGAUAUAGCUAUAGAUAUAUUUGCUAUGACAGCCUGUUUAUCGAGAACUACUAGAUCUAUUAGUUUAGGACAUCGGAAUUUUGAACAUGAGAUCAAAUUAACUCAAGCAUUUUGUAUUGAAGCAUAUAAAAGAAUUAAUCAGAAUGCUGAUGAGAUAGAUGGGGUAAAUCUAGAUAGAACCUAUGGUGAAGUAGCUGAUGAUAUAUAUAAAGCUAAGGGUUAUGUUCCUGAACACCCUUUAUCUAAACCAUGGUGAUCCAUUCUGUUUUUAGAAACCAAAAUCCAUGACCAUCCAGAUACAGUGUGAUAAUUUUUAAAUAUCAUUGUGAUAUCACAUUUAGCUGUUAAAUUGUGUACCACAAGUUAAUUGUACAAGAAACAGAGUGAUUCAUAAACUGUAUUGUGACUAAUUUAUAAUCAAUAAACAUGUUCACUUGUGAAAUAUGGAAAAGAAAUUGUGAUUAUUUCUGGAAACAAGGAAAUAUAUCAUAAACUGUAUUAAAUAGAAUAAUAUUGUGACAUAAAACUUUAAUUAGUAAGUGGUGAUAGAAAUAUCAAGAAUUAGAUUCCUCCUCAUGAGAACUAUUCAUUGCAUACGGAUCAUUGUCAAAGUUUUGUACAAUUUAUCCCCAAUUACUUAAAAACGACAGACUUCUUUUAAAAU